AAAAAAAGAGCAAAAUAUUACAAAUUCAACAAAAACCCAGAAAGCAAAUCCUCUGUUUUUGUUUGAAAAAAGUAUUUGGGAUUGAAGAUUUGUUGUUUGAGAUUUGAGAAAAUGGCUUUGGCUUUCAGUUCUUCAGCUGUAAUUCAUGGCUCUCUUUCUUCUUCAUCUUCAUAUGAACAACAACAACCUAAAGUUUCACAAAUGGGUAUCACUCAGCCAAUGGAUCGGUCUCGAAUUCCAUUGAAAGCAGUGAAUUUUACUCAGAGGAGUUUGGCUAUGAAGCCAUUAGUUCCAUUAGCAGCAACUAUCGUUGCUCCUGAGGUGGAAGAGAAAGCAGAAGCAGAUGAUUAUGAGAAAUUGGCAAAAGAGCUAACAAAUGCUUCUCCUUUGAAGAUUAUGGAUAAAGCCCUUGAGAAAUUUGGUAGUGAAAUUGCCAUUGCUUUCAGUGGUGCUGAAGAUGUUGCUUUGUUAGAGUAUGCUCGUUUAACUGGUCGUCCAUUUAGAGUAUUCAGCCUUGAUACUGGGAGGUUGAAUCCGGAAACCUACCAAUUAUUUGAUGCAGUGGAGAAGCACUAUGGGAUUCGUAUUGAGUAUAUGUUCCCAGAUGCUGUUGAAGUUCAGGCUUUAGUGAGGAACAAGGGCCUGUACUCUUUCUAUGAAGAUGGCCACCAAGAAUGCUGUCGCAUAAGGAAAGUUAGGCCCUUGAGGAGAGCCCUGAAAGGUUUACGUGCCUGGAUCACAGGGCAACGUAAAGAUCAGUCCCCUGGUACUCGAUCUGAAAUUCCCAUUGUUCAGAUAGACCCUUCGUUCGAGGGGUUGGGUGGUGGAGUAGGCAGCUUGGUGAAAUGGAAUCCUGUUGCUAAUGUGGAUGGCAAUGAUAUUUGGAAUUUCUUGCGAGCCAUGAAUGUUCCAGUGAAUUCAUUGCAUUCACAAGGUUAUGUUUCCAUCGGAUGUGAACCUUGCACACGAGCUGUCCUACCUGGCCAACACGAGCGAGAAGGAAGGUGGUGGUGGGAGGAUUCCAAGGCCAAGGAGUGUGGCUUACAUAAGGGCAACAUCAAGGACGAAAGCAUGAACGGUAAUGGAAAUGACACUGUCCAUGCAAAUGGUAGUGCUGCUCUUGCUGAUAUUUUCGACACCAACGACAUUGUAAGCUUGAGUAGACCUGGAAUCGAGAACCUAUUGAAGUUGGAAAAUCGUAGAGAGCCUUGGAUUGUUGUUCUUUAUGCCCCUUGGUGCCGGUUUUGCCAGGCAAUGGAAGGAUCCUACGUUGAAUUAGCGGAGAAGUUGGCGAGUUCAGGUGUGAAAGUAGCGAAAUUCAGGGGAGAUGGUGAGCAGAAAACAUUUGCACAAGAAGAAUUGCAGCUUGGUAGCUUCCCUACAAUACUCUUCUUCCCUAGACAUUCUUCACAGCCCAUUAAGUACCCGUCGGAGAAGAGAGAUGUCGACUCCUUGCUAGCUUUUGUGAAUGCCCUCAGAUGAAAGACAUAUAAUGUGUUUACAUAUCUUGAUGAGAAGCUAUUCCGCAAUACAAAAGUUGCGUGCAAGCUGGCUUGGACACCACAUUGUUAUCAAGAAAAAAAAAAUGAACUUGUGAGGUUGUAUGGACUUAUACUGUCCUCUUAGUCCACUCCAUUGUUUUCCCUUUUUAACUUAACUUUUUGUAUAUCCAUCUUUGGUAAGAGCAUAAUUUCUAGGGACUCAAUUUUUUUGAAAUCAAUAUUUUGGUUGUUCAUUGUA